AUGAGAUAUUCUUUGUGCAUUCUAAUAAUUCUGUCGACGGUAAUUGUGAGUUUUGGAGUAGAACUGAAUGUUGUACAUGAGUGGAAAUAUUGUGAGUAUGAAUGGAAGAAUCAGCAGCAGAAGGAAGAUGCUAUAAAUUCAAAAUCUUACGACCCUUCCUUAUGCGCCUUCUUCGAUGCAACUAAAGCAGAUGAUGGCAGAGUAUUUAUUACUACACCAAAAUAUGUUGGCCAUGGUGUACCUGCAAGUUUGGCGACAGUAACUAAUACGACAGGACCAGGAGGGCCACUUUUGCGCCCAUAUCCUGAUUGGAGUUGGCAUAAUAAGAGUUGCAUGUGUGAUAGUAUCAUCAAUGUUCACCGAAUACAUAUUAAAUGCAAUCAUAUCUUCGUUUUGGAUUCCGGUGAAAACGGACAUAAACAAAUUUGCAAUCCAAAACUAUUGAUCUUUAACUUAAAAGAUGAUACGUUAGUUAAAACUAUUUAUAUCCCAUUUGAUAUAGCUACUAACGAAAGGGGUGUUGGGUUAUUACUAGCGCCUUUUACAUAUGUUCCCGGAGAAUGCACACAGUUUCUGGAUAACAUGAUCGUUUGUAUUCUCUCUUUUAAUCACAGUAAUAUAAUAUAUUCGUACAAAUUCGAAUCUGAGUAUAUGAAACAUACUGACACUUCUUUCACUAUAGCAGGCGAAAAUUUUACUUUCGUAAGCGAUGUCUUCGAUAUGACAAUCGUUGACGACGAACUUUAUUACAUUAUUGUGUCGGCAAAGGAAAUGUAUAAAAUAAAACUAAAGAAGCUAUUAGAAUGUCCAAAUAAAGAAGAAGCUAAUAAAAAUAUUGAACUUGUGACCAAAUUACAAAGUCAAUCGGUACAUAUCACAUCAGUGGGAGAUAUAAUAUUUUAUGGCAAUACUGUUAAAACGGCCAUUUUGGGAAAGAACGUUUCUAAGAAAUCUAUAAAUAAAAACACGGUGGUGAUCGCCCAAGACUACAAAAAUCUUCAAAGUGUAAGUUCGAUGAAAACUUUACAUUAUUGGAAUCAGUUAACAGGAGUAUCAAAUAGGUAUCAACGUUUCGCUGCUGGUACACUAAAACUAGAUGAAAUAAACGGCCAUUAUUUCGAAAUGGAUUUAACAGAAGUACUGAAGACGAUGAAUUCGAUUCCUUCUGAAACUAUUCAGUCUUAA